GACCACGUCCAAAUUUGAAAAGCCAAGUUCUCUUCUGCAGCCACCAUCACCCCAGCCCGCCCAGGUGCCCUGGGCUAUAAGGAGCCUCAGAGGCAGCAAUAGGAAGCUUCCAGUGCGGUCGGAAGGCCCAGCCAUUUCCCUUGUAAGCCCAGGCUGAGAGUCACCCCUCCCAAGGGGCACAGGGAAUUGGAUGCUAAGCCAUCCCAGACACAACUGCUCUAUUCUUAUCCCUGCCCCCUGGGAUGGAGCAAAAAUAGCUGUGACACAACUGAUAGCAGAUGGAAGGGGGGGGUCACUCCAGGGCAGGGGGGUGCAGGGCAGGGCUGGGCUGCUGGCCAGCCAGCAGGUCCCUACAGGGUACCAGAGCCUUGGGUGGUUUGGUCCAGGGUCCAGGCAUGCAGGGCAUGCUGCAAACAAGAAGAAAAGAACGGGGCUGGCUGACACAUUCAGGUGAGGGCCCUGGCCAAAGGGACGUGCACUCCAGCCACCCUCAAACAGAGCUUUCCCUGUGCAGAAUGGGCCUUUCUACCCAGAUUACAGAGAUGGGGCUGCAGAGUGAGAAGGCAGUGAUGUGCUCGCAUUUCCCUCUCCUUCCCCACGGUGGUCCUGUAAGGCUGCUUAGGCUGUGCCUGCACCGCAGAUACGGUGCCGUGUGAAUGGUGCCCCCUGCAUUUGUGCCAAGUAGCACAUCCCUCCCUCCCCAGUGCACCCCUUCCCAGUCCCAGGAGAACAGGAGACCUGUGGCGUUUGCCCUGGACCCUGUUGGACAACGCAUGCACACAUACCCGAGUUGGGGAUGUACACACUCACCUGAGCCCCUCAGCUCCCAGGUCCCGAACAGCAGCACUGAGAUCCACAAUGUCUACCUCGAGAGUACAGGAAACGUACUCCUGGGCCCCAGGAUUUCCUCCAACCCUAGACCUGGCAGCACGCUCCCCACCACCACCACCCUCAACUCCCAAAGCAGCGCGCCAUCUAAUUGAAGAGCUUGAGUAGGGGGUCGCCCCCAGGGGGCCGGGCAUUUAAGGAACUGGUGACUCUCAGUGCCUCACUCUUGGGGCAAAGGAGGAGGGGAGUGGCCACCAGGGGACACUAGCUGAGCCGCCAAGCUGUGGACACAGUGUUCAAGUGUUGGAAGGUACUGAUGAGUAUAAAAGGUAAAGGUGCCCUCUUCCUUCAGGGCUCAACCUGGCAACUUCUGAACUAGAAGGCCCCUGGCCUGGCAUCAAGAAGAUAGGAAUCUGCUCUCAACAACCUUGAUCAGGUUGUUUCUCUCAGACAUCAGUUUCCUCGUGUACCAGAGAGCAUUUUAAAAACUGCCAAUCCGGUGAAGUAAAGGAGGUGGGUAAAUCCCUUCAUCAAAAUACCAUGGAGCUGUUAACAAGAAUGAAGAAACUCCAUGGCCUGGUAUGCAAAGAUCUCCAAGAUAUAUUAAGUGGAGGGAAAAAACACAAAGGUCUGAACAGUGUAUUAUAGGCUUCUUGAUGUCAAAAAGAGGGAGAAGACAAGAACAUGCAUCCAUAUUUGCAUGGAGGAGCUCCAGAAGGGGACUAGGUACUUCAUGUGGCUACCUGUGCGGGGAGACUGGGAAAUGGAGGACUCAGGAAUGGGGAGGAGAUUUCAUAGUAUUUUUUAAAUGUGAUUAAAUUACCAGUUCAGACCAAAGUAUAAAAAAUAAGAACUAAACCUAUGUCUUUACUGUGUUGCAAAUAAAAGCAGAGCUGUGGAGAUGCACUGUCAUCUGCUUAGCAUUCAUCAAUGCCAGGGGUCCCCAGGGCCCAGGAAGAAGAUCCACAUCUCCUUCUAAGGCCCACUCUAGAAUGGCUGGGCCAGGAAAUCCCUUCUUAGGUCUCAUUUCAUUCCCUCCUGGUGAAAUAUCCACUCGUUUCCCCAGUUCCACGAACUAGGGCCCUUAAUUGGGCCUUAAUUGGUUGGCUGGUAAAUCUAAACUCUGUAUCCUCCCUUCCCCAGAACAUGGAAGUACUUGGCGUUAUUCAGUGAAAGAAUGUUGGCUCUUGUAACCAAUCAGAGAAGGAGAAAUGGGAAGUAAAUAGAGACCAGAGAGUAAAGGCUUGCUGCCAGACUGCUGUCCUCACUCUCUCCUGUGCACUCCAUCUCUCCUGUGUACACAUGCAAACAGAGAGAGAGAGAGAGAGCAAACACCUCUGGGUAUCCCUCCUCCUUCCUUGUCCUUCAUGACCUCAUCCUCUCCUGGUCCUCACAGGUGAGUUCCCAAGCCUGCUGUCACCAUGACAACCAUUCACCACCAGCAGAUGCCACAAGAGCACAUAUCCAUGAAGGAACACGUGUCCACGGAGCUCUCCAGCUCCACCACCCACGUGCGGACCUUCUCCCAGACAAGCCAGAUCAUGGGAGGCAAGGCUUUCAGAAGAAAAGUCCUCGGGCUCCGUGGGUUCUUCAGCCCGGUGAUCCGGAGUUCCAGCAUCCCCGAGGGCGAGAGCGUCCCUGAGUCCGUGGAGAAACCUCCCCCGAUCACGUCCGCGGAGGGUGUGUCGCUCCCCGGGGUCUCCCCGGCCCUCAACCCCCACCCCAACAUCCCCCAAUCCGCAGACCCUGGCAAAGCCAGGCUGAGGGUCCCUGCCCUCCCGGGCUGGGCCCAGAUUCCUGGGAGAAGGCAGAGCCCAGCCCGGAGGCUCGGGUGCAAACGCGUCCCCGCAGGGGAUAAAGCCGUGUUCCGAUUCCAGGUGCGGGGGAACCGCAAAUCCAGUGUCUCCUGGACGAGAGAGACCGGCAUCCCAUCAAAAAAGUCGGCCAAGAUAUUCUAGGACAGCGUCAACAAGGAGCACGUGCUGAAGCUGGAACCACUGACCUCAGAUGACUCCGACAACUACAAGUGCGUUGCGAGCAAGGAACAUGCAGACCCCAUCUAUACUGCGUCCUUGCUGGUGACAGAGGGUCAAGAAAAACUAGAUUUGAAGAAGAUGUUAAAGAACACUUGGUCCCCUACUCCUCGCAGGGCUCUUCCUGCUGCCCCCAAGAAGAAGCGGUAAGUGACAGACGAGAAAGAGAUGCUGGAGAUUUCGUCCGAGGUAGCCAAGAAGGACUUUGAAAAGGUCUGCAUGGAGUCCAGCUUCACUGACUUCCCCGGGCUGCUCAAGAAGCUCAAAGGAAUGAAGAAAAAAGUGGAAGUGGAGGCCAUCCAGAUUCUGAACCCCCCAGAAGACAUAGAGACCAAGAUUGACACAACAGUAAACUUUGAUUGCAUUAUGGAGCUGAAGGACCCGAAUACCAAGAUGAUAUGGGUCAAGGAUACUGAGCCUCUGAGGAUCCAAUACUCCCGGGGCAAGUACAACUUGAAGCAGAUGGGCACCAAGUACCCGCUGAUCAUUACCAAUGUGAGCAUGAGUGAUGCUGGCAUCUACAGCCUCUCUGUAGGUGAUAAGCCAGUGACACCUGAGUCUCCCUGCCCCUCUGCCCCUCCCCUCUCUGCUGCAAAUGAACUGCAGAAGUUCAUGGGAGAGAUGAAGCCCAUGAAGAUGACACAGCACCAGAUGGCUGUAUUUGAAAUCUGCCUUUCCAAGAAAGAGCCCGAUUUUGUGUGGAAGUUCCAUGGGAAGGAGCUGAAGAGGGAUGACCAGUAUAAAAUCUCAGAGUCCAAGGACGGUCUGACUCACAUGCUUAAGAUUAAGGAUACCAGACUCAGUGACAGUGGCAAGUCCUUUGCUUGUGCAGGGGACCUGGUACAGAAAGAAGCUGAGAUCCUUAUUGAUCGUAUUCCCACCACGUUUGUGAACACACUCAAAAAUGCAUGUGAAAGAGAGAAGCCACACUCAUGCAUGGAGUGUGAACUGACAUCCAAGCGUGUGACCCUGGGCUGGAAGAAAGAUGGACGGCUGCUGACAUGUGGCUCCAAGUACAGCAUGAGCCACAAGGGCAAGCGUGCAGAGCUGGUCAUUAAGGACACACAGCUCAGUGGUGGUGGCGAGUACACCGUGGUGGCCAUGCAGGAUGGGGACCCUGAGUAUGUCAGUACUGCCACCCUCACUGUGGAAGAGGGUCUGGCCACCACUUAGAGUGGGAUCUCCGACGUGCACGCGGCCGAGUUGUGCGUAGUGCGGAACCGCGAGAAGGUGGAGGGCGUGUGGCUGAAGGAUGGCAAGAAGAGCACAGAUUUGCCUGGCGUUCAGAUAGUGAAGCAGGGUGCGGUGCACAAGCUCAUCUUCCCCAACGUGAGACGGGAACACGAGGGUAACCACACCCCCAUUCCCUCUGGCUCCUCCCCCGUGGUUGACUCCUCCCUGCUGCCCCGCCCGCCGCUACCGAUUGAUCCUCCUACCAUGGACCCAUCCACCCUGGAGGCACUGGCGGCGCACGCUGUGACUGUGAAGGUGGGCCACACGGAGGGCCCGCAUCGAGGUGACCUUCUGGGCAAGGCCGCUGCCCAAAUGACGUGGUACAAGGGCAACAUGGAGGUGACGGAGGAGGAACGCAUGUCCAUGGAGCAAGGAACCCUGCAAGAGCGAGUAGAGUUCCUGGAGCCCUCAGGGAAUUGUGUGCACAUGAAGUAGAAGGCUCCAAAGGACAGCAGCAGGCAGCUUGUGACCCAUUUCAUAAUGGAACAGAGGGCAGCUGGCAAGAAGUCCUGGGUUAAGAUAGGCGAGAUGGACGGGAAAGUCACCAACGAGGUGGAAGAGGGACAGGCCUGCCAGUUCUGUAUCCUGACAGUCAAUUCAGAAGGUGUGAGCAACCCACUGGAGACCGACGAACCCUGUAUGUUUGAAAUAUUUCAUAAUAAAAUUUUUAAAAGAGGAAAAAAAAGAAUUAUUGAUUUAAUGGGCUGUGGGUGGGGAACUGUCUACAUGCUCCCCUUCCUAUAUCCUUUGCCCUCUCUGUUCCCCACACAAACCCCUGGUCUUGCCUCCCAGCCUCAAGUGACUGAUGUGACCAAAGAAUCUGUGACCAUCACAUGGAACGGCCCAGCCCUGGAUAGGGGAGCCCCAGUGUUCAGCUAAAUUGUGGAAUGAAGAAAAAAAGACAGUAACCUGUGGUUGCCAAUCUACAAGGACCCUGUCCAGGGCACCAAGCACACCAUGGAGGGUCUCCUGGCAGACACGGAAUAUGAAUUCCAAGUCAUAGCUGUGAAUGAAGCGGGCCCUGGGCAUCCCAGUAUACCGUCCAGUUCAGGGGUGGACAAGGAUCCUAUCAAACCCCCAGGUCUGGUGCAGCACCUGCAUGUUUCUGAUUCCUCCAAGUCAAGCAUCACCCUGGGAUGGUGCGAGCCUAUAGAAGGAGACCCGCCCUCUGGAUACAUCCUUGAGAUGUGGGCUGAAGACAGCAAGGAGUGCUCCAAGUGCACAAAGAUCCCCAUCUCAGGCACCUGCUACACAGCGGGGGGCCUCACUGAGAGGUAAGAACACUUCUUCCGUAUCCGAGCUGUGGAAAAGCCUGUGGAGCUAGAUGAGGGGGUGAAGGGCCUUCCUCCAGACACCAUCUGGGUGACCAAUGGUGCCGACUCCUGUCAGCGCCCAGGGUUCACCACCACCCACUAUUACCUGGAAGAAGAUAGCUUCACCACCAAGGGCCAGGAAACCAUCACCAAGGACAGAAACUACUCCCAGUUCCUCAUCAACAGCACCAAGCGCUCUGUCUCAGGGCUGUAUCGAAUCGUGCUCCAGAAUUAAUUUGAGGAGGCACACUGUGACAUCCAUGUAUUUCCCCAGCCCCUUACAAACCUACAGCUGUUUGAGGAGGUCCCCAACACUGUGACUCUGACCUGGAACCAUAGCCCUAACGUUAAGGAGGACAGUGACUCCCACUAUGUCAUCAUGAAGCAGGACGUAAGCAGCCCCACCUCGUUCAUGGCAGCUGAGCAGGUCUUCAGCAACAAGUACACGGUGACAGGGCUGCUCCCAGGCAGGAAGUACUACUUCAGAGGGGAAGCUCGGAAUGAAAUUGGUGACAGCAACCCACUGGACUCUAAGGACCCCUGGCUCGUCAAUAAGGACCAGAUGGAGGACCUGAGCAUGAAGGUGAAGCCCUACCAGCAAGAGGACUGGCGCCACACACCUCGCUUCCUCACCCCGCUCAAGCCACACACGCUGCUCCUCAGCCAGGACUGCACCAUGACCUGCGCCUUCCUUGGGAACUGGAGGCCCACGGUGACCCUGCAGAAGGGCGAGGUCAGCAUCACGGCCAACUCCAAGCUCUGCUACAACUCCACCAGCGGCAUGUGCAGCAUCGUCACCCCCACCUGCGCACCAAAGGACAGUGGCCAGUACUUCGUGGUGGUGAACGAGCUAGGAAGGACUGCAGCAGCUGCUCCCCACAAACUCAGCCACCUUGGGACUGAGGGUCCCAGGGUCCAGUCCCAGGUCCUGUGCAGUAACUCUAAGUCCAGCAGUUUGGAAUUUACCUGGACCCCAGCAUCAUUAACACUAAUGAAUAUUUGCUUCGGUCUUUCAGACAAAGAUGAAAAGACAAUCUUAGCACCCAUCACAGAGAGCCCGCAGAAGAAACCAAAGCACCUUAUGUGAGCUCCAGGAGGCUGCUGUGAUAGCGGCUUCUUAGCCUGUCCUCCUCCUGGCUGCUGUGUAGAAGCCAUUUGCCCUCUGGUACCCAUCAGUGUCAACCGUGCA